AUGGCAUCUGUAAUCGUGGUUGAUAAUGGUUUGAAAGAUUCAAUUCAAGAAUAUGCUCAAAUUAUUGACACAAUAAAUGGAAAUACGGAUUUUACACAACAACUUCAACCAUUAUUACCUACACAACAAGAUCAAGAAAUCACAAACCAAUCAGAUAUAUAUCAGAAGAUCAAUGAAAAUUCAACAGUAGAAACUUUAAAAAAGUUAACUGAUAGAGAAUUUGAACCAACAAUUUACUUAUUAAUACAUAUCCUUUCACAAUUAUCUAGCAUAGAUCAAGUUUUAAACGAUACAUCAUCAUCAGUAUAUAAAUUAAUUUUAUCAGUAAAUCCACAACAACCAUUAAGUUUAAGAGAUAGAAAAUCCAUUAAAUCAUCAUCCAUUUUAUCCAUCUUAAGUACCAUUUUCAACUUAAUACCUAGAUCUUCAAACACCAGAAUCUUUUUAAUUAAAUCCAUCUUAAAUAUUUUGAAAACUUCCGAAAUUGAUUUUAAUUCAAUUGAAGAUAAUAUUGCUAAUAAUUUAAUUACUUGGUUAAAAGAAAGCAAUGCCUCAGAUGAAGAAACAAAAGAAAUAUUCUGGAAUUUUAUACUUUUGGAUUCUGGAUAUACUUUAAAAUCAUUAGAGUUGAUUCAAGAAUUCACAAACUCAUUCACCUUAUCAAAUUCAGAAUUAGAAAAUUUAAUCAAAUUUGCAUUAUCAUCAAAAAUUGUUGACGUUUCAUUUUUGGUGAAUAAUAACGUGGCAUUAGCUUUAAAAAAUUCCAAUACUGAAUUAUCAAAAACAUUCACAAAAUACGUAAAGGGAGAAUUAAUUCCAGUCAAUGAAAUCAACGAAUCAUCUUUAAAUGCCGAAUUUGUUCAUCAAAAAUCCAGAAUUUUAAACCUAACCAAAUUCCUUGCAGAACAAUCAUUAUCACCAGAUCAUGAUGAUAUUGUAUUUAAAUAUAGUGAGAUUUCCGAUUUGAAACCAUCAGAGACGGAAGAAUUGUUAGUAGAAUCAAUUAAAGCGGGCGUAAUUGAAGGUAAGAUAAAUCAAAUAGACGAAACUUUCAAUUUGAGUAGAGUUAAUAGAUUCGUUAUUGCAGGUGAUGAUCAAAGUAAUGAACAAAAAUGGGACUUAAUUAAAAAUGUAUUACAACAAUGGUCCAACUCCAUAUCUAAUAUAGAUGAAAUUGUAAAGGCUACUAGAGAAAAUAUCGUUAAUAGUUCAUCUAAUUAG